UCGACACUCGACACCGCGACAAUCACCACGACAGCGCCGGACGACAGCCAUGGCCCCUAAGUCGGAAAACAAGCAAGGCAAGACUAAGCCCAGCGACAGGGCUGGUGCUGCUGCCAAGGCAGUCUUGAAGGGUGCAGGUGCGCAUAAGGCUCGCAAGGUCCGCACUUCGACGACCUUCCACCGCCCCAAGACCCUCCAGCUCUCCCGGUCGCCCAAGUACCCUCGCAAGUCGAUUCCCCAUGGGCCUCGUCUCGACUCCCACAAGGUCAUUCUGUACCCUCUGAACACGGAGAGCGCCAUGAAGAAGAUCGAGGAGAACAACACCCUGGUCUUCAUCGUUGACGUUAAGGCGAACAAGCGCCAGAUCAAGCUCGCUCUCAAGAAGCUGUACGACGUUGAUACUGUCAAGGUCAACACUCUUGUUAGACCCGAUGGCUUGAAGAAGGCCUUUGCCCGCCUAACUCCCGAUGUCGAUGCUCUGGACAUUGCCGCUACCAAGCUUGCUAUCGUCUAGAUAAACUUUUUUCUGGGUCUGGGUGAACAUUUCUAUUUUGCGCGGUGGUCCAUGAAUACCGGUCAUACAAUAAACUGCCAGUGCUUCAACGAAGACUGAAUGAUCUUUCCAAAAAAAAGAAAAAGGAAUUACUCGAAUGGAUGAUUGUUAUCACGAACAAGACUUGUUCUAGGCUUCGUAGUUGUCGACCUUAGUCUCCGGACUCUAUACUCUUGAUCCUAGAACUGGCAUUGAGCUCCGUGGUUGAGCCGCUUGGAGCAGGUCCUAUUGUCGAAAUCAGGCAUCUGUAUUUAAUUUCAAUGGUUUCUCGGGCGCUUUUAAACAGUGAUACGUGCCUACAGAUAGUAGUGACUAGACCAUAUAUUUUCUAU